CCUUGUGGUCGAUCAAAGUCCAGCUUUUCUUGUCGCUGGUGUCGUUGACAACUUUGUGCAAAAAAAGCUUUACCGCAACAAGAAAUAAGGCCCACUGAGUUUCUGUUUGCAGUAAAGUGAAGUAGAGAACGUUCAGCGUACGUACGUCACUAAAGGCCGGGUUGCGUAAUGCAGUACUGCAGCACGCGUGGCGGCGUCCGCGGCUGGGACUUCCGGGACGUCCUGUUCUCCGGUUUCGCUCCAGAUGGAGGGAUGUUCAUGCCAGAAACGCUUCCUGUGCUCACUGCUGACACCGUGCGGAGCUGGAAGGGCCUGUCGUACACCAGAGUGGUGGUGGAGGUGGCAUCGCUGUUCAUCCCCACCCAGCUGAUCCCCCGAGACCGCCUGGAGGUCCUCGUAGGCGAGGCCCUCUCCGGCUUCUCCGUGCCUGAAGUUGUCAGGAUCGCCCGGCUGAGAGACGACCUGUCCGUCCUGGAGCUCUUCCACGGAGACACGCUGGCUUUCAAGGACCUGGCGAUGUCCUGCACCGUUCACUUCCUCAACUACUUCCUCCAGAAAGAGAAGAGCAGAGCUAUCGUUCUCGUAGGGACCUCCGGGGACACGGGCGGCUCCGCCGUUCAGAGCGCUAAAGGUCUCCCCGGGGUGGACGUGGUGGUGGUUUACCCUCGCGGACGCAUCACUCCAGUGCAGGAGAAACACAUGAUCACCUGCCUGCAGGACAACGUGCACGUGUUUGCAGCGGACGGCAGCUCUGACGACAUCGACCGGCCUCUACGCAGUCUGUUCGCCGACCAGGACCUGGUCAAGUCUCGGGGCCUCAUGAGCCUCAACUCGGUCAACUGGUCCAGAGUCCUGAUCCAGCUCGCCCACUUCGUCUACGCGUACCUGGAGCUGAGUGGCGUGGAGCGGGUCGAGGCUGGCGCGGCGCUGCCCGAGCUGGAGGUGGUGGUUCCAACUGGAGGGGCGGGAAACAUCGCAGCCGGCUACAUCGUAAAGCAGAUGGGGCUUCCUCUGAGACUGGUCGCCAUGGUGAACUCUAACGACAUAGUGCACAGGACGGUGACUGCCGGUGACUUUUCCAUGGCUUCUGACGUCACACAAACGCUGGCCCCGGCUAUAGACAUUCAGGACCCGUACAACAUGGAGCGCGUCUUCUGGCUCCUGCUGGGUAAAGACGGAGCUGCAGUCAAGACCAUCAUGGAGGAGUUUCAACGCUCACAUCGACACACGCUGCCCGAAAACCACCGCAAGCUGCUGUCGGAGGUUCUGUUGAGCGGCUCGGUGAGCGACGACGGGAUCCUGGAGACCAUGAGGAGGUGCUGGAAGGACAACCAGUACGUGCUGUGUCCUCACACCGCCGUGGCCGUGUGGCAUCACUAUCAUUGUCCUCACAGCUCGGAUAUCAACAGGUGUUACAUCGCAACUGCGUCUCCAGCCAAGUUCCAGGCUGCGGUGCAGAAAGCAGGUUUACCUUUGACCUCACCUGAGGCGGUGCUGGCGCUGGACGAGCUGCCCACGCGGUACCAGAACCUGGAGAGGAGCGCCGACUGGUGCAGAGACUGGGAGGACCGGCUGAGAGAGCGCAUCCAGGCCGUGGCCGCCGUCAGGACAAGCGGAGGCGCUUAUUACACCUGAAACAUCAGAAACUAGGGUCGUCCCGAUCAGGAAUUUUUAGCUCCCGAUCACUUGAGUUUGAGUAUUUUUCCGAUUUUUCCCCGAUCCGAUCACUAUUUUUGGCUCCCACUAUUUUUUUGGCUAAAUUUCCAAUACUUUUUCCCGAAUACAAACGCGCUGACGCCGUGCACGUAAAGGGAGAAGAAAGAGGCGGAUAUGUUUGGUUUUAACUGAAAGAAAAGGCAGAAAAUGGAGCCAGAAAGAAAGAAAGAAAGAAAGAAAGAAAGAAAGAAAGAAAGAAAGAAAGAAAGAAAGAAAGAAAGAAAGAAAGAAAGAAAGAAAGAAAGAAAGAAAGAAAGAAAGAAAGAAAGAAAGCUUUAUUUAAGGCACAUUCUUACAGUUAUUUAAAAAACCAUUUCAUAAUAAGUUAAGACUACAGGAAUUAUUCCACAUACACUCUAAAAACCUCCAUCUAAACUUUCAACACCAGAGAGCCAUCUUCCCCCAGUGAACACAAGUUAUUGGUCAGAUUAAAAACCCCUCAGACAGCGCACAGCGUCAGUCCAGCCCACUCCAAGCACCUUGUUCUUGAGGCUUUUCCAGAUCGCUAAUUUUGCACUUGCGAAAAUAAAAUUCAUUAAAACCAA